UCUUCCCGGAGAUUCUCCGAGGCUUCCACCAAGACCUGCGUCGAUUCGAGAGACUCCUCGAGCCCCACCGAUCCUCGCGCUGCUAUCUUCAUACCCUCCCCGCCCGCAUCGCAGCCGCUGACCAGGCGCGGGAUUCUUACCCCUGAGCAGCUCUGCAACUUUAUCGAGGGCACCUGCCACCAGCUCGGGCUCUUUUCUGCGGCGAAGCAACAGGAACAGGCGGCUAGGAUGGACUAUACGGCUAAGAACGCGGAGACUGUUGAUGUCGGCGGCGACUAUGAUUAUUCGGGGUACCAGUGGUUCAAGGACGCGCCAGAGCGCCCGGAGCCUCCGCCACAGGCGGAACCGUAUACACCGGGCCCGGGUGUCAUUUUGCAGAACGAGUCCUUUGUGUUUGCGCUGAGAGCGGCGCCGAGCGUGCUCUACAGCCGCUUCAAGGCAUACGGCCAGCUCGGCGUCCUCGCCUGGUGCUCCGAAUUCGCAGAGCUGAUCGACAACCUCAAAGAGUGCGGCUUCAAGGGAAACAUGUUCCUCACGACGCGGCAGCAGGCGCUCGCGACGUGCGCGGACAUCCUCCGGCUGCGGCUCGACGUGCGGAUGCAGAUCGUCGUGCUCUACCUCUCGUCGCAGGUCGCGCGCCUGCGCCGGUUCCUCGACGGCGGCGAGCACCUGUGGGACGACUAUCCGACGCCGGACUUUCCGCUCGACUAUCGGGACUAUCGCGCGCAUGUGGUUGCGUAAUCGCUUGGUGUUGUAGUUUUGUUGUUGUACUGCUCGUUGUAGUUUUGCUGUUGUUCUGACACUCGCUAUCUUUUGCUGUUCGUCCCUUCUGUUCCAUUGUGUUUUCGUUUCUUCCACCGUACAUAUCCCGCACUGUAUCACCAUCAACCGCAUCGCA